UCUGUCACAUCUGUUAAGGCUAUAUUGUUCUCUAAAUAGGCUAAGUCACUGUUGCUUGUUUAGGGGGUCUUUCACAUUGCGAAACUCUGGGAACCCCCACCCGGCUUCUGCAUAAAAAAAAAUAAAAAAAAUCUUGAAGACGCAGAGGGUUAAUUUCAAGCUCCCACCACCACCACCCACAUCUCCAAUUUGAAAGCCGCCUCUCUACCGGGAGAGGAAGGCUCUUUUUCGGUCAGAUGGCGUGCUGCAGUCCGCCCCCGUCAUUCUCCAGCCCACACAGACAGGGCAGCCAGCAACCAAUACGCUGCGCCGGAGGAAGAUUUCUGCCAGAGAUUUCAGACGACGUACGAUACUCAAAGGGGAUUUACUACGCCAAUCUGAGCCGGGAAAGCUUUCGGCAAUAUACUGUAGGUAACAGGUUUCACUCCGGGAGUAGCCUACCGACCUGUGACAUCGGUGGUUUGGAGACACACCUUACCGUUUUUCCCGUCUCUGCACAUCCGUCUACCUGACCAGAAGAAGGUUCAUGUCUUUCCUUUCUCCUGCCUAAACUUUCCAGAGCUGUGUGCCAUGUCUCUGCCACGCACACUUGGGGAGUUGCAGCUCUAUCGGGUGCUGCAGAGGGCCAACCUGCUGGCCUAUUAUGAAACCUUCAUCCAGCAGGGUGGUGACGAUGUGCAGCAGCUCUGUGAAGCAGCAGAGGAGGAGUUUCUGGAGAUCAUGGCACUAGUUGGCAUGGCCACCAAGCCACUGCAUGUGCGUAGGCUCCAGAAAGCCCUCCGAGACUGGGCAGCGAACCCUGCCCUUUUUAGCCAGCCCGUCUCUAACGUUCCUCUUGGGGGCAUCCCACUGUUCAAAGUGGAGGGGACUGGCACUGGUGGAUCAGCCGGCGGGCCCAGGAAGUCUUUGAGCAACGGGCAGCCGGAGUCACCGUGUGAAAGGGAAGAUCGGGCGUGUCUUACUCCAAUGCACAGUGGGAGUCCAAGAAGCCCUUGCUCCCAGGCCUCCCCACAGCCACCAGACACACACUACAGGGAAAAACUGUCCCCCAUGGACCCACACUGGCUCAGCCCAGAGCCUGAUGGGACAUCUGGAGUAGACGAGGAGCCCCCCAGCCCACCUCUGCUGUCAACAUGUCCUCCAGGUCCCUCCACAUCUCCUAGCCCCUCUGUUUCUCUUGCCUCGUCGGCCCUGUCAGCCUGGCCCGGAGGACAGCUGGAUGGGGAGACGGCAAGGGCUGUGGUGGAGAGCGUGGAGAGGCUCCUCAGGACCUUGCCCAGGUCCGAUCCUGCAGAGUGGAAGACUCUGCUUAGGAUGAACAAGAAGAUGGCAAAGACUGUGGGACACAUCUUCAAAAUGGGGUCCCAAGAUGUAAGCAAAGAAGAAGAGAUCCGAAAGUACAGUCUCAUCUAUGGACGCUUUGACUCCAAGAGGAGAGAGGGGAAGCAACUCACACAUCAUGAGUUGAUCAUCAAUGAAGCUGCAGCCCAGUUCUGUAUGCGCGACAAUGCCCUUUUGCUGAGACGGGUGGAGCUCUUUUCUUUGGCUCGGCAGGUGGCGAGAAAAUGUGCCUACACCUCCACACUAAAGCAUGCAAGGACAAAUACCGACGAGAAUAGUGUACUGUGCCAGAAGAGAGCGAGACAUGAGGUCAUCAUGCCUGAGAGUGUGCCAUCAUUUCUCGGAGUGGAAGGCUCAGAGGGUUUGACGCAGAGGGCAGAUGAUGACAGCUUAUCUGCAGAAAGCCUCGACAGUGUAUCGCAUGACAUCGGCUCACAGUGCAACCAAUCUCCAUCCCCCCGUCCCCACACUGACACAUCCAACCCUGCCAACUGGAGUCGCCAUCUCAUACAGCAAACGCUAAUGGAUGAAGGGUUGCGAUUGGCUCGGAUGGUAUCACAUGAUCGGGCUGGCAAGAUCAGCCUAGGGUCAGAACAAAAUCACUCUACAGACCAUGACAGUAAAGUUGAGAGGCGGAGCUCGAUAACAGUGUGCAGGAGCAGCAGCCCUUGCAUCACCAAAGACGACUCUAAUCAUCGUGGGAAAUGAAAAUGCUCAGCUUUUGUCAGGGAACUUGUCCUCAGGCCUGCCACUAAACUCCGCUCAGAGUCUGCAACACAGGCUGCUAUUGACACUGACUGAUCUGAUGAGGAGAAGACUCUUAUCGACUUCAAAAUCAAUACAGUAAUUAUCUGAAUUUACCAGCGACUGACAUCAUAAACCUGCAGUGACAUCUGAACAAUGACAUUGUGGAUCAAAAAUGUUUUGAAUUCAAUGCAGAUUUUAGCUGAUAGUGGAAAAUGUACUGAUUUUAUCAGGACAAACCUGAUAUUUUGUUAAGUCAGAUUAUUGUGAGAAGUGCCGUGUGUUGAGAGUGCCACCUGUUUUAGAAGAAAUGGGCUCGACACAGCAGGGGGCACUGCAACUUUGGAAAUUGUCUCUCUCAUCUUACUCCAGUAUCAUACUGUAGUUCUGUAAAGGAAAUUUGGUUUCAAUAGGAAGACUUUUAUCUACAUUUUCAGAAAGUUACAAUCUAAAAACAGUAUGAUGACAUUCUCAGCAGCUCCUCACCCUCAGGAAAAAAAUUGAUGUUUUGAAGUCAGUGUAUUCUUUAGGAUUCAAAGAUGAAGAUAAAUAAAGUCCACAUAGAUGGAUUAGUAAAAACUAAAAAAAGGAGGAAAGUGUGGCACGUUAAUCUAGAUUUCCCAGAGCGUACAGACAAAACGCCGUCAGGCUCAGAGGCCUUUUGUCCUUUGCUGCAUCGUCUGCAGGCAUGCUUACUGUAAGUUUAUGAGAUAUAGAGCCGCAGGUCUUCAUCAUCCCCUCCUUCACAUCUUUCUGUAAUAUUUUGCACAAGUGGCUGAUGUGGUGUUUUGUAAAAAAAUGAUACAUCAGGCUUUUCAUUAUCUUUAAUUAUGUGCAAAAUGUACUGAGAACACCUUUUCUAAACAUGAUGUUAAGAACACUGAUGCUUUUACGAUUUCCAGUCCACAGUUAACUUUUCAGUUGCCACUCUCUACACAUCAGGUUUUCAGGGUCAGCUAUAGGGUCUUGCUCCAGGGCUCUUCAGCAGGGAGGAUGCUUGCUGUCAUCAGCUGCUCUUCCCUCUCAUCGCGAGACUGCAUUCAAAAUAUAUAUGCGAGAUUUAGAUAAUUUAAAAAACAUUUAUCACAGAACUUUUAGAAAAUGAUAAGUGGUGGGGAUAAGCGUAGAUUUUUUAAUGCGAUUUUAUUUAGGUGUAGCGAAAAGAUAUGGCAGCGUGUUUUUGGGAUGAUUUCUGUAGUCUUAAUUAGGUGAACUUUAUUUCAGUUUCCCUCUUCUGUCUUUUGAGACUUAUAGUUAAUUAGGGUGACUAAUCUUUCUGUACCUUCUAGGCUUUAGAAAAAGAAAAAAAAACACAUGCAGAGGUUUACAGAAAGAAGUCUCAUGGUGCUUGACUCUUGAUACAGCAGCUCCUACAAGUUCUGUAAGUCUAUCUGUUUAAAAUUGUUAAAAUGUUUUCAGACUUCAUGUAAUGACAAGGCUCGUGUUGAAAAUGCAUUUUUGUAUACUUAACCACAGAGUAUGUCAGUGAGGUAGCUUGCUGUGCAUCAGUUACACCUGCCUGUCUCUUGAGCAUUAGUAACCUCAGUUUAUUAUGUUGCAAAACAGAUUAUUUAUUUUGUUACAUCUCAAUAAAUGUUAUUUUAUUGCCUAAAGCCAGUGUGCUGC